AUCUGACGCUUCCAGCGCCCGACCAGGCGCCGAGAGGGCCGGGCCUCAGUUUCCCCACUUCCAAGGAGGCGGCGCUAUGCUGUCCUGUUUCAGGCUCCUCUCCAGGCACAUCAGCCCUUCGCUGGCGUCUCUGCGCCCCAUACGCCGCUGCUUCGCGCUCCCGCUGCGUUGGGCCCCGGGGCGCCGCCCCUCGGAUCCCAGGCCGAUCGCCCCCCGCCGCCCCCUGACCGCAGCCUCCUCCUCCGGGGACCCUACCGGUCCCGCAGCCGGCUCCUCUCGGGUGCGCCAGAACUUCCACCCCGACUCCGAGGCUGCCAUCAACCGCCAGAUCAACCUCGAGCUCUAUGCGUCCUACGUAUACUUGUCCAUGGCCUAUUACUUCUCCCGGGAUGACGUGGCCUUGAACAACUUCGCCAGGUAUUUCCUUCACCAGUCCCGACAGGAGACAGAGCACGCGGAGAAGCUGAUGAGGCUGCAGAACCAGCGAGGAGGCCGGAUCUGCCUGCAGGACAUUAAGAAGCCGGACCAGGACGACUGGAAAAGCGGGCUGCAUGCCAUGGAGUGUGCUCUGCUCUUGGAAAAGAGUGUGAACCAGUCGUUGCUGGAAUUGCACACUCUAGCCUCUGACAAAGGUGACCCCCAUUUGUGCGACUUCCUGGAAACCUACUAUCUGAAUGAGCAGGUGAAGUCUAUCAAAGAACUAGGUGACCACGUGCACAACUUAGUGAAGCUGGGGGCCCCGGAUGCUGGCCUGGCGGAGUACCUUUUUGACAUACAUUCCCUUGGAAAUGAAAACAAGCAGAACUAAGCAACGGGCUGCCUUCCUCCCAGGUCACUGGGUUCGAAGACCAGAGUCAGCUGUCUCCUGCUUUCUUGCCCUUAAAAUCACUUCCAUCUUUAUAUUUUUCUGUUAUACUAUUCCUGCAAUAAAGUGAUUUGUAGAAAAAAAAA